GAGUCGCUUUAAAAUGACGCAACAUACAGCACAUGAUGACAGCCCUACUGCAAAGACAGCAGUUUAGAGGAUUUUCAGAUUAAAUGGCCACCGAUAUGGCCAAUGCACCUGCAGUGCAGGAGAGGAGCCAUGAAUGUGCUAACAAUGAAAACGAAUCUACAAAGGAUGAAAAUGAGACCGUACAGACUGGAGAAACUGAAGCACUGUCUAAAAGACAAAGGAAGAAACUUCUCAAGAGUCAACAAUGGGAAGAACAGAGAGAACUUCGCAAACAGAAGCGGAAAGAGAGAAAACAGCAGAGGAAGCUGGAGAGACAAGCGCAGGCUGACGACGGGGUGGAGUGGACGGGGAAGAAGCGUUUGCGCAGGUCGGCAGAGCCCAGCUCUCUCAGACUGGUCAUAGACUGCAGCUUUGAUAACCUCAUGCUGCUCAAGGAUGUAAAGAAACUUCACAAGCAGAUUCAGAGGUGCUAUGCUGAGAACAGACGCACCCUCCAUCCUGUACAGUUUUACCUUACAAGUCAUGGUGGUCAGUUGAAGCAAAUCAUGGAUGAAAUUAACAAAGGCUGGGUCAACUGGAAGGAUGUCCAUGUCAAGCCUGAAGCGUUUCAUGAAAUCCUAAGCAAGGACGACCUUGUCUACCUCACGUCUGAUUCACCCAAUGUGCUGGAAGAGCUGGAUGAAGCCAAAGCCUAUGUGAUUGGAGGUCUGGUGGACCACAACCACCAUAAGGGAAUCACAUUUGGUCGAGCCCAAGAGCUUGGCAUUGCUCACGCUCAGCUUCCGCUGGGCAGUUUCGUCAAGAUGAAUAGCCGCAAGGUGCUGGCUGUCAAUCAUGUUUUUGAAAUCAUCCUAGCAUUCCUGGAGAAACGAGACUGGCAGGAAGCUUUCUUUACGGUUUUGCCACAGAGGAAGGGAGCUGUGCCAGUAGGCCAAGAGGACAAGCUCGGAGAGUGCAAUGAUGAGGAAGACUCUGAUGAAGACUCAGACACAGAGCAGACAACCUCAGAAAAGGGAACGGACUCAAAGGACCAAUCAGAUAGCAAACAAGAAGAGCACAAACCUCUGCUAAACCAAUCAGAUUCCAGCGAGCGAAACACAGCAUAGAGAGACGUAACAUAUUUAUGCCAUUUCAUCUUUUUUUUUGCUAAUUUUUAAUUGUUUGUUUUUCUGAUGUUUUUCCUUUUAGUUU